AAACGACACAAACAUGUCAGCGUACGUUCGCCGCGUGGUUUGCGCUGUUUCUUUGGAGAGAGUUUCUUUUUCAAAGACCUUAAACGGCAGUUUCACCGUCGAAUCGAAAAGGUUUGUUCGCGCACUGAGAAGGAAACCUGUCAAAGUGUUGUUUCCUGAAAGUGAGACGAGUAAAUCCUUGAAACCUCCGCAGCAGAAGCGAGAGAAAGAAGCUAAAGAGUUUAGAUCAGACGAUCCGGACGGAGUCAGAAAAUCAGUAAAACGUCAUCAUGUGUCUGAAACAAUGGAUCAGACUGAAGAACUGCGCUUCGAAAGCUCUUUCUCCGGAGAUAAAAGGCUGUCGAGGGUGGUGAGCAUUGUGCGUUCCAGGACAUUUCGGGAGCAGCAGGGUAAAAUUCUGCUCGAGGGCCGGCGUUUGAUCUGCGAUGCCCUGGAGGCCGGGGCGCAACCUCAGAUGGUGUUUUUUAGCAGAGUGGAGCGGCUGAAAGAGCUGCCACAAGACGAGCUGAAAAAAGCCACUAUGAUCAAAGUAAAGUUUGAAGAAAUCAAGAUCUGGUCAGAUGUGGUGGCACCACAAGGGGUCAUAGCCAUAUUUUCACGGCCGGAUCCGUCUCAGCUGGAUUUUGCAAAGUCUGAGCAUUUGGUGCCGCUGUCCCUGAUCUGCGAUAACAUACGUGACCCUGGUAACCUUGGGACGAUCCUGCGAUGUGCAGCUGCUGCUGGAUGUCAUAAUGUCCUGCUGAGCAAAGGUUGUGCUGAUCCUUGGGAGCCUAAAGUCCUGCGUGCAGCAAUGGGUGCCCACUUUCGCCUUCCCAUCUUUCCCAAUUUGGACUGGGACAACAUUGAGGAUCUUUUACCUAAACCUGUGACAGUCCACGUGGGUGAUAACUGGCAUUUGUUCGACAGAAUUGAAGAAACUGCACAUCGGGUCAAUACGUCCCACGAACCCUCCAGAAAAGGUGAGCACAGCAGGGUGAGCACCAGGGCCACGCGCUACGAGGAACACGAUUCGGACUCGGAUUACGAAGGGGAAGGAGAUUCGGUUCCCAGAUUGGAGGCCAAGGUGUACCAUGAAAACUGGGCCCAGAGCCCAUCUGCGAUCAUAAUUGGUGGCGAGACUCACGGUCUGAGCGUGGAAGCUAUCCAGCUGGCGGCAAAAACUGCCGGUCAGAGGAUCUUUAUUCCUGUGGUUCCUGAGGUUGACAGCUUGAAUUCAGCCAUGGCAGCCAGUAUCCUCCUGUUCGAGGGCAGGAAACAACUCUUAAAACUCAUGGCCACAUCUGGAAGGGAACGGAAAAAUGACUGACCCAAACACUCCACACCUCAAACUACGACUCAUAUAACACAACCGGUAGCUCGCAAAGUCAUUCCGCCUCCAAAAGCUCAGAUCACAUCUGGUAGUCUGCAGAACUUUAAAAGAAAUAUCCAGACCAGAGUUUCAUUUAUCAGUGUUAUGUACAAACAGAAAUGUGCUUUGUUACAAAAAUAAAAUCUUUUUUUUUUUUUGAGUAACUUCAGAAGCUUUUCGAUGCAAUGGCAAUGUUGAAAGUGAGAUUUUGCUGAAUUUGAAUGGUUAAAGUGACAAAGUGGUUCAUAAAACUUGGAAUAUUCAAGGGUUUUUGUCACUUCAGAAAGUAAAUAUUUUAAAUAUGUAUGUUUGUCUCAUUAUAUAUUAAAGUUUCCAGCUUAAACAACAAAUUAGGUCUAGUGCUAAAAAAUAUUUAAAAUAUUUCAUAACAUCAAACCAUUAAAGUUAUAAUACAUAAAUGUCAAGCUCCCAAGAUGCAUGUUCACUUAUACACUCAGUUCUUCAUUGUAGCUCCUUUAGUAACAAUUAUGGCAUCAGUGUGGCGUGGAGGCGACCAGUCUGUGCCACUGUGGAGGUGUUAUGGAAGUCCAGGUUGCUUUGAUAACAGCCUUCUGCUAGUCUCUCAUCUUCUGCUUGAUGGUACCCCCAUAGGUUCCAUCUGGGGUUCAGGUCAGCCAAGUCAGUUGGGUAAUAGUCAAGUUUGACAGUGUGGGCAGGUACCAAAUCCAGCUGGAAAAUGAAAUCGGCAUCUUCAUAAAGCUUGUCAGCAGAUGAAAGCAUGAAGUACAUGAAGGGGGAACUGUGCUUUUUCAGUGGUGGCGUUAUGGAAUGAGCUGCCCACUCAUAUCAAAAUGGCCCCCACCCUGGAUACUUUUAAAUCUCAUUUAAAAACUUUUUAUUCCAUGGCUUUUAAUACUGCAUGAGUUGCAUGGUCUGUUUUUAUCUUCUGUUAUCUAUCUUUAUAUUCUAUUAUCUUGUUUUAUCUUAUCUGAUAUCUUUGUUUUUAUGUAUUUAAGCUACUGUAUUUUAACUUUUUUAUACUUUAUUUGUUGUGCAGCACUUUGGUAACCUUGUUUCUUAAAAUGUGCUAUACAAAUAAAGAUGCAUUGGAUUGGAUAUUCUAAAAUCUCCUGGUAAAUGGCUGUGCUGAAUUUGGACUUGACAGGACACAGUGGACCAACGCCAACCGAUGACAUGGCGCUUCAAAUAAUCACUGACUGUCAAGACUUCACACUGGACUUGAAGUAACUUGGAAGCAUAUUUUCCUGCAACACUUCCCUUCUGGUAAACUUCCCAUGAAUGUGCUUUGAUACAGCACUCUGAACAGCAAGCCUUUCAGCAAUCGACCGUCUGUGGCAGGCCGUCGUUUUGGAAGGUGCCUGUGAGUGUACCCACUCAACUGUCAAGUCACCAGUCUUCCCCAUGAUUGUGGUUGUGUGUACUGAACCAGACAUUCAUGGUAUGUACACUGCAGAAAUAGUGAAUUACUCACUUGAAAUAAUUAAAACAUGACGACAACAUCUUUGUUGCUGGUUGAGAAGGCUGUAAGAUGAACUUGUAUUAAAUAUUUAGUCUGCAGUGAUUUGGUGUUGAGUAAUCAUGCAGCGAAGGCCAGAAAUGUUAUCUCAAGUAAUGUAACGGAGCUAAAAAUGAAAUUGUUC